GGGUGGGCAUAGCCUGGCACUCCUGAAAGGGGUAGCUCAGAGAUGCGGGAGUCUGAGGCCGCGCGGGUGCCUCUGCCUCGCCCGCUCCUGGCCGGCUUUCCAGAUCCCCGCGCUCAGUCGCAGCUCAUUUUGGUGGGCGGCGGGGAGAGGGGGAGGGGGGGACCUAAAGCCUCGGAUAUACUUGCGGAGAAUCCGCUUACUUCCUCUCCCAGUCAGUGUUUUCUGGUUUUGUUUUUGACACUCAGGCCCCGCACCCCACAUCCCGUCCUGUUUUGAGAGGAGGAGGGAAGAGAAAUAAACGUGGCAGCGCAUAUAAGGCCAGCGGGGUGGUUGGGCAAGGGUGACCGGAGGGGACGCAGUUUGGAAACAAGCCGGCCCGGCCCGUUCACUCUCACCCUCACUUUGCUGAUACCUCCCCCGACCACCCCUCCACUUUCCCUUCUCCCCCCGCCCCCGGCCGGCCCCCUGUCCUUUGGGGGUGCUGGAAAAUGGGUGUGCCAGCCUCUGGAGGGGAGAUGGCGGGUUUGGCGCUGUCUGGGCUUCACAGGAGGGGGGGGGGGACCCUGAGAGAAUCUGGUAUUAAACCGCUGUGCUAACUCCCAGACUGCUUUCCAGACACCUCCAACCCACACAGCCCUUCACCCCCGUUUAUUCAGUCCUGGAAAAGGAGUUCUGGUACGCUGGAGGGAGACAUGGCGGUUAUUAGGGAAUUUGGGGGUGGGGGGUGGGAGGCGGAGCCCAGGACGGAGAAACAGUGGAAAAUCACGACCCUCGAACCGAAAGUCUGUCCUUAGGAUGAAGCUUUCACUGAACUGAGGGAAGAGGAAACAGCCCUGAAUCCUUGGAGGUCUGUCUGAAUUUGGGGCCCUGCACAAGUACAAGCCUGGUGGAAAAAAGUUAACUGCUCCUGCUCCCAGCAGGUCCUGCUCGGCUUGCAGCCUGGGGAAAACCUGUGAGCCUGAGUGGAAGUGCCUCGCCCAGACGUGCACACAUCCCGUUUAGGCAAGCCAGCUCCACGCCCUGGAUCAGAGAAUUACUCCAGCUGCACCAUGAGCCGAGUUCGAGAUGCUGGCUGCGUCGCCGCGGGGAUAGUGAUUGGAGCUAGUGCCUGGUACUGUGUCUACAAAUAUGCCAGGGGAAGAAACCAGACAAAGAAGAGAAUGGCCAAGCCCAAGACCAGGGCUGUGGCUGGGACUGGAGCCAGGGCUAGAGCCGGACUAAGGGCCGGAUUCACCAUUGACCUGGGGCCGGGAUUCGGUCCUCCAACCCCAGUCCGCACUCGGGCAGAGGACAGGGCCCAGGAUGAAGCCUCUGCUCUGGACGCAGCUGGAGCUGAGGCAGUGGUCCCAGCUGCAUCCAGUGCUGAGGCUCAGAGUGGGGCCGGAAAUCAGGUCCAGGAGGCAGAAGGGGCAGGGGUUGGGCCUAGGGCCGAACCAGUCGCCGGGGCCACAGCGGCUUCCUCAAUGGCACCACCCCCCGGGGAGGCAGAGGCUUUCGUGGCUGCAGCGGCCCCCACAGUGGCAAGGGCCCCCAAGCUGCCGGAAGCCCCUGGCACAGCAGAGGCUCCCGGGGCGCCCGCGGUGCCUCCCAGGGCGCCAGUGCCUACCGAGGCGGCAGCACCUACAGAGGCUGCGGAGACUCCUGUACCCGCAACCCCUCCUGCUGCGCCAGUGCCUUCUGGGGCAGCAGUGCCUUCCGGGGCUGCAGAGGCUCCUGGGACUUCAGGAUCCCCCAGAACAGCAGCACCCUCCAAGAAAGCGACCCCCGGGGCUCAUACCGGCGCUAUACCUAAAGCCGGGUCAGCGACUGGAGCUGUACCCAAAGGUGGAGCCAAGGGAACCAGGUCUCGGACUGGGGGCAAGGGCAAGGGCAAGAAAAACAAGGUGGAAGUAGAUGAAUUGGGGCUGGGCUUCCGCCCUGGGGAUGGGGCUGCAGCGGCUGCUGCAGCCUCUGCUAAUGGGGGACAGGCUUUCCUGGCAGAGGUCCCUGAUUCUGAGGAAGGGGAGUCUGGAUGGACUGACACAGAGUCGGAGUCAGACUCUGAGCCUGAAACCCAGCAGAGAGGGAGAGGGAGGAGACCUGUUCCCAUGCAGAAGCGCCCCUUUCCUUAUGAAAUAGAUGAGAUUCUCGGUGUCCGAGACCUCAGGAAAGUCCUUGCUUUGCUUCAGAAAUCGGAUGAUCCUUUCAUCCAACAGGUAGCUUUGCUCACUCUGAGCAACAAUGCCAAUUAUUCAUGCAACCAAGACACAAUUCGCAAAUUGGGAGGCCUCCCAAUUAUUGCAAACAUGAUCAACAAAACUGAUCCCCACAUUAAGGAAAAAGCCUUAAUGGCCAUGAAUAACCUGAGUGAGAACUAUGAAAAUCAGGGCCGACUUCAGGUAUACAUGAAUAAAGUGAUGGAUGAUAUCAUGGCCUCCAAUUUGAACUCAGCAGUACAGGUAGUUGGACUAAAAUUUUUAACAAACAUGACUAUUACCAAUGACUACCAGCACCUGCUUGUCAACUCCAUUGCAAACUUUUUCCGUUUGCUAUCUCAGGGAGGUGGAAAAAUCAAGGUUGAGAUUUUGAAAAUACUUUCGAAUUUUGCUGAAAAUCCAGAUAUGUUAAAAAAACUGCUCAGCACCCAAGUGCCAUCAUCCUUUAGUUCCCUUUAUAAUUCUUAUGUGGAAUCAGAAAUUCUUAUUAAUGCCCUUACUCUGUUUGAGAUCAUCUAUGACAAUCUCAGAGCAGAAGUAUUCAACUACAGAGAAUUCAAUAAAGGUUCCCUUUUUUACUUAUGCACUACAUCUGGAGUGUGCGUUAAGAAAAUUCGAGCCCUAGCCGAUCACCAUGACCUCUUGGUGAAAGUGAAAGUUAUAAAACUAGUGGACAAAUUCUGAUUGGCUAUGUGCUCUCAAAAGACUUGAAGAAAUUUCUUGAUUUUUCAGUCUGGAAGCAAUGAAAAUUGAAAGUUACUGCUUUUCCACUUGUUCAUGUAAUAAAGGGAUCCUUUCAGCUGCCAGUUUUGAAUAAUGUAUCAUCCAGAAAGAUGUUAUCUAUGACAGUCUCCAGCUUUAAGCUGAACCAUUUUAUGAAUACCAAAUAAAUAGUCCUCUUGUACUGAAAACACAUUUGUGACUUUAAUCGUGCUGCUCGAAUGGAAAUAUUUUUACUGGUUCCUCUAUGUGAAUUGACAGUGAACCUGUCCAUCGAAAUAGCCUACACUUCUGUCAUUUGUUUUGACUUGAAUUUAUCCACCAAAGACUUCAUUUGUGUAUCAUCAAUAAAGUUGUAUGUUUUGACCAACAAAAAAA